GUGGGGCGCCACGCGGGCGGUGGGUCCUGGUGGGUCCUGGUGGGUCCCUAGUCCCUCGGCUAGACACUCGGUCUCCGGCACCGCGUCGUCUGCAGACCCUGCAGUCGCCGCCAGCCACCUGCACGGCGCGCGCACCUUCGUCGAGCACCUGGAGCACAUCGAGCUCCUCGAGUACCUGGAGCACCCCGACAACGAAGCGGCGGCGCCAUGAAGAACCAGAGGCUCCUAGAGAACAAGGUGAAGGCCAUGCAGCACCCGACGGAGGAGGAGGCGUCCCGCAUCCUGGCUGCGUACGGCAUCACGAAGGCGGGCCUGGCCAGGGACGUGGCCAACAUCAGGGCGUGGCUGGAGAAGCAGCCGCACCUCCCGGCAGACGACAUCGACGACGUGGUCAUCGAGCGGCUCCUCGUGCGCUGCAAGAACUCGGUGGUGAUGGCGCAGUGCCGCCUGGACGACAUGUACACCGUGCGCUCCGACCUGCCGGAGUUCUACACGGACCGAGACCCGCUCGCGCCGCGGCUGCAGCAGCUCUUUCGCGUCGUCGGCCUGUGCGUCAUGCCCCGACUGACGAGCGACCUGCACCGCGUGUCUCUGAUCCGCCUCCGCGACACCGCCGUCGAGAACUUCAGCGUGGAGCUGCUCAUCAAGCUGACGUUCAUGGGGCAGGACGUGGUGAUCCGAGAGCCCCCCACCAUGGGGGACUGCCUCAUCUUCGACGCCAGGGGCUACGAGCUGGCGCACGCCUCGGGAGCGAGCCCGCUCUUCAUCCGGAAGGCCGUCUCGCACGUCAGGCGAACGUACCCAGCGCGUGUGGCAGGGAUCCACGUUUUGUUCCCUCCCGUGUUCGCGGGCAGGAUCAUCAACAUUGUCAAAUCCUUUCUUCCGGAUAAAAUAGCCAGCAGGAUCUACACUCACGACAGCUUUGAUAGCCUCUUGGAACAUGUACCUCAGGAUGUGUUGCCAUCUGACUACGGCGGCCAGGAGCGGUCAUCUGAUGAACUAUGUGAGUUGUGGCAGGAGAAGUUAGUGAGUUACCGUGAGUACUUUCUCAGCACAGAGAAGGUUCGAUCAAACGAAGUAUUAAGGCAAGAAAAGCGCAAGGACAAUUCCAUCAGCAGCAGCCUUGAUGGAUCAUUCAGAAAGUUAGAUAUUGACUGACUAUAUGAAAAGUUUAUGAUAUGUCUAUGGUGUAUUUUAAGACAUUAUUGUAAGGCAGAUUCAGAUAAAGGAAUUUUGAAGAGAAUAAAUUAACAGUUGCUAGGUUAUGUAAGUUUCAAUCCAUGUCACAUUUGUAAAGGCAUAUCAUUUAUGAAAGUGGGGAGGAGAAUGAAGAGCCCCAAAGUUAAGGACAAAGUUACUUGAGGAAUUUGUGCUAGUGUUAAACUUUAGGUGUAAGUUACCUAUUUCAUAAAUAAAAGCUGUGCACCAAUUUUGAA